UCGAGAAUACGAGUUUACGAGGAGUUCGUGAACGCAACAUUUUACACACGAAGCCAGCUUGGCACUUGGCAUCCACACAGUCAGUGCAGGAAGCGAGGGGGAAAUCGUGCACAUCCCUAAAUCAAACGGAGGAAAUAUCCAACAGGAAAUCUUGUUUACACCAUGGAGCAGAAACCAACUAUCAACUUUGGCGCUGGACCUGCAAAACUUCCCCAAUCCGUGCUGCUUCAAGCACAGAAGGAGUUCCUUAGCUACAGCGGCAUCGGUAUUAGCGUUCUCGAGAUGAGUCACCGAUCAGCAGACUUCAACAAAAUCCUCAACAAAACAGAGAGUCUCCUGCGAGAGUUGUUAAAUAUUCCAGACAACUACAAAGUGAUGUUCCUACAGGGCGGCGGGUCUGGACAGUUCAGCGCUGUUCCUCUCAACCUGAUUGGCCUUAAAGAGGGCAUGUGCGCCGAUUACCUAGUGACCGGCACAUGGUCAUCAAAAGCAGCAAAAGAAGCAGAGAAAUACGGCAAGGUCAACAUUGUCCACCCGAAGCUGGAGAGUUACACGAAAAUCCCCGACCCCGGCAGCUGGACCCUGAACCCCUCAGCCUCCUACGUGUACUACUGCUGCAACGAGACAGUCCACGGUGUGGAGUUCAACUUCACACCUGAAACAAACGGGGUGGUCCUUGUCGCUGACAUGUCCUCCAACUUCCUGUCUCGACCUGUGGAUGUAUCAAAGUUUGGUCUGAUUUUCGCCGGAGCUCAGAAGAACGUGGGCUGUGCCGGGGUAACUGUGGUCAUCGUGCGAGAGGACUUGUUAGGCCACGCUCUGAAAGAGUGUCCCAUUGUCCUGGACUACAAGGUGCAGGCUGAAAUGAACUCCCUCUACAACACCCCACCGUGUUUCAGCAUCUACAUAAUGAGUCUGGUGCUGGAGUGGAUUAAGAACAACGGCGGCAGCGCGGCCAUGGAGACGCUCAACAAGCAGAAGUCCUCCAUGAUUUAUGACAUCAUAAACGCCUCCAAUGGUUUCUAUGAGUGUCCCGUAGACAUAAAUUGUAGAAGCCGCAUGAAUGUACCAUUUCGUGUGGGGAAGAAGGAGGGAGAUGAAGACUUGGAAAAGGACUUUUUGGCUGGCGCAUCCAAACGUGGAAUGAUAUCGCUGAAAGGACACAGAUCAGUUGGAGGAAUUCGUGCAUCUCUGUACAACGCUGUAACGCUGGAGGACACUGAAGCCCUUGCCACCUAUAUGAAAGAAUUCUUGAAAGAGCACCAAUAAACUCUGGUUUAACUCUAGUUGAGAUCCAGGGGAUCACAAAGGUGCAUCUUUAGACACGUUUUGUAAAACUGUUCAUCGUUCCUAAUCAGCUUUAACCACUACAGUUGCCAGUAAUGUCUUAAUUCCAUCUGUUUCAUAAAAUUACUAUUUUAAUGAAAUUAUUGACUAACAGUGCGUUAAUGUACAUAAUGUAGGUUAUUCUUGUUUCAUCUUAAAAAUAUAUUUACAUUCCAGUAAAUCUAACUUGGCAAUAUUGCA